AUGAUGGAACAAAAAAUUACGUUACUGUUUAUUAAAAUUUCAACGUUUAUACUUUUAAUUUGGAUAUGUCAUUUUUACAAUGACACGAGCCCUUUUAAUAAAAGUUUGGAUGAAAAAUGUAAUAUUCAUCUAAUAUUAAAUACAGAAAAUUAUCGAUUAUUAGGAGAAUAUAAACGGAAUAAGGAUUCAUGUCUUGCAUAUAUUAACGAAGAAAUACCAAAUAAUGUAGUGAGAAAAAAAAAAUAUAUAUCUAAAAAUAAAAAAGGAACAAAGGGAAAACGCAAACAAUUAUUUAGGAGUUCGUUAUAUAUGGAGGAAUUAGGUAAAACUGUUAAGAAAAAUAAAUGUGUUAUACCUAAAACAAAAAAAUAUUUUGAUUUUGAAAAAAAAAUAUUUAAAAAACUUGAUUAUAAAGAUUACAUUAAAAACAUAAAUCCAUUUGAAAAUAAGGAAUAUAAAAAAUUAGAACGUAAAAAACGCAGAAUAAGAAUUGCUUUACUUUUGUUAUUUUUCUUGGUAUUGAUUGUGCCCGUAUUAGAUAUUUCAUUAGAGACAUAUACAGGUGGUGGUUUGUUGGGUUUAUUAAGCCUGGUAUACCCAAAGACGAUUACAGGAGGUCAAAGUGAUCAGAUAGAGGGAAUUUUGGCUACAUUUUUAAGCACAGAUGGAUGGAGUUCAAUAGAAAUAAUAUUCAGAUCACCUAUUUUGAUUUAUUGCGUACCUUUCCUUAUAUUUGUUGUUGUAUUUAUAUUAGGGAUGGUUUAUUACUAUAAUAAAGUUAUAAAAUAUGAGAACAUUAAGUUCAUAAAAAGAUUAAAUAAGAGGUAA